AUGGCAGUGCUGGACGCCUUGUGUAGUUAUGGAGCCCUGGUGUACCAGGCAAAUGCCACAAACAAUGUUCAGCUGAAAUAUGGAGAUCAAGUCAUCAGAGAAUUUAGUGUUGACCAAUCCAGCAGAAUCCUCCUCCAGUCUGAGGAUCUUCCUCAGGUUCCUGGGAACUACAGCAUGGUGGUGUCUGGGCAUGGCUGUGUGUUGCUGCAGACUGGAGUUGUGUUCAACAUUCCAGUGAGACAGAGAAAUUCUGCAUUUUCGGUGUCGGUGACUACAUUCCCAGGCAAUUGUCAGAAUGGAGUGGCGUACUUG